ACUGCACCCUCUCUCCAAACCUAGUUCCAUCCCCUAUCAUCUCACUAAACACCCUCACCACGAGGAGGGAGAAACGAGCUGUGCGCCUGUGUUGAACGGCACCCCUGAUACUUCGGACACAGCGUGAAGGAUAUUGCCAGAUCUUUCCCUUAGAACAACAACAAUAACCCCCCGCCUCGAGGCUCGUUCAAACGAACAUCAGGGUUGAGCAGCAGAUACUAGGGGAUCUAGUAGGGGAACAAUCCCGUUCUCACGCUCGCGUUUGCCCGCCCUUUCAAACAGUUUUGCCAUUUGCUUGUCUCUCCCCUUGCAACGUGAGGAAACUUUUUUUUUUUUCCCUUUCUUUCUUCUAGUGGGGGUUUAUUUUUGUUCACCUGCCGCCUGCAAUAAUCUUGUCCCACUUGGUUCCCCUCCGCGGCUCGGUGUCCCCACAUCGGCCAAGUCUGACAACCGCCCCAGGCUCCAGCAAAGCGCCAACAGCAGCAGCGCCUCAUACCCUUUUUUCCUUUCACAUUCAGGCUUGACAAGCGGAAACCCCUUCUCUCCCCUCUCACUGCUUUUUCAGCUUCGCCGGGACCUACGCACACACCUUCACACUCAUCCGUUCAUUCAUCGUUCCGCCUCAUCAUCACCUUGAUCAUCAUCAUCAUCUACGACGAAGGGAAGAAAGAUUAAAAUUAAAAUUAAAAAUUCCAGCAAUCAUCACGAUUACCGUCCUUUUUUUUUUUUCUCAAUCAUCAGCAUUACCCAUAGCCAUAGCCGAGGGUUUGUUGUCUUGUAGUGCCAUUAUUUAUUUUUUACGGGCUGUGCCACCCUCCUUCCCAUUAAAAUAAAGGAGAAAAAAGGAAAACCAGAAAAAUUUCCCCGAACGGUUGUCCUCGAUCGCGGUACAAAUCCGGCGGCGCCCCCCCCUUCCCCUCCACACUCUUCCUCUCCCUUUCCACCCCACGCUCUCCUGAGAUCAGCAUCCGGUUAUACUCUAUAUAACCCCGCGGGCCUGCUAACUUCUCCACACUUUUUUCCUUCCUCUCUUCGUCAUCUCUUCAUCACUCCUGUCGAACGUAAAUCACAUGCAGCGAGGUUCUCCAACAUCUAAUAUCGCGUCCCUUCUCCACCAACCUCCUUCACAUAGGCCUAUGUCUUUCCACGAUCACGAUCGAAGUCACCACGGCCUUUCCUCUCUCCUUCCUCCUCUCAUGCCACCACAGGAUCCGAUGCAGGACCAGAGGCCUGAGCUUCCUCGUCCUUACAAAUGCCCCAUGUGUGAAAAGGCUUUUCACCGUCUGGAACAUCAGACUCGGCACAUUCGGACCCACACCGGAGAGAAGCCCCACGGAUGCACGUUUCCUGGCUGCUCGAAACGGUUCAGUCGCUCUGAUGAACUUACUCGACAUUCCAGAAUCCACUCGAACCCGAACUCGCGAAGAAGUAACAAGAAUCAGCAACAGGCUGCACUUGCUGCCGCUGCUCAGGCCGCCCAGCAUGAUCACUCCUCAGUAAGCUCGCCGGGAAAGAUGAUGCCUCCGCCACCAAAAAUUAUCUCCAAGUCUGCUCCUCCUUCUCAUGUUGGCUCGCCGAACGUGUCUCCGCCGCAUUCGUACCAUGGAAUGCAUCAACCAUCCAUCCAUUCCGGAUUGACACCCUUUCGAACAUCGAGUAGCCCUGCACUUGUGGGUGGCAAAUAUAACUAUGGGCUGGAUCUGGGGUUCCUGGCGCAAACAGCCUCUCAACAGCUGGAGCGGGAGAGGCACCACUACCAUCACCAACACCACCAGCAUGGUCGACCCUCCCUUCCACCCUUCCCUCAUGGCUCACAGCCGCUGUCCCGGUCUCACUCCCAUGAGGGUGAUGAUCCGUAUAAUCACCACCGCUCAGUAAAGAAAUCUCGACCGAGUUCUCCGGUCUCUACAGCACCCUCCUCUCCCACCCUAUCCCAUGACUCUUGUUCGCCAACCCCAGAACACACGCCAUUGGCAACACCGGCACACUCACCGCGUCUAUACCCUCGCGAUCGUGAUGACCAUCAUAUGCAGCUCCCGAGUAUUCGACACCUUUCGCUUAGACCCAUGCCCACUCUUGCACCCAUGGAGAUUGCCGACCCAUAUAACGCUGGCAGCAGCACGUCCCAACCUUUGCAUCCCAGCCCUGGAAUCCGACUUGGUGAUAUCCUCAACCGUUCCGAUGGUUCGCAGCGAAAACUGCCGGUCCCUGCGGCCCCUCGGGUUGCUGUUCAUGAUCUUUUGAACAGCGGUGUCAGUGGUCUCGGUUACUCGUCAGCUUCAUCCUCUACAGCCAACUCCGUCGCCGGUGGGGACCUGGUAGAUCGUAUGUGAGGAUUUGUUUUGGGUGGUGCAUAAUAAUACUCUACACUUUACCUUUUCUUCUGCUUUUCUUGUAUGUGUUGGGGGGGGGGAGGUUCUGAUGCGUUUAGCGAAUAUUCCUUGUCACCGGGGCCGUUUUCCCUUUGUACUUCCUUAUAUUUUUAUUUUCCUAUUAGAACUGGGGUUAUAUUUGGGAUAAACUAUGAUGGACUUUAUGGGCGUUUUUGUCGGGAGCUCACCUUUUCUCAUCUCCGAUUUACAUUCCUCUACUCAUUUCUUAUUAUGUCGCCUGUUUCAUUUGCUAUUCUUCCCUAGGAGUUGCUCAUAGAGGACCCAAGAGGUCAUUGUUUACUUUGUUUACUAGUAUACAGCAUCCUCACCCUCCAAGUAUUGUUUAUUCACACCGGAAAGGGACGGAAUUUCUCAUGUAUUUUAUGACGGUUGUUGUCUCAUGUAUAGAGUCUCGCAGUUGUCAUUUUUGCCUUGUUAGCUUGUUGUUUUAAUUUAUUGAUGCCUCGAGAACUCGGGUUACCUUG